CCUUUUCGCCCCGCCCCCUUUCCCCAUCAUCAUUAUGGACCGUUUUUGGGUUCUUCCUCAGACGGAGCCGGCCUGCGAAAGCGGACAGACUUUAUGAGGAAUCGGGAAGAAAAAGAAGAAGAAAUAUUCUACGCUGCCAUUCCACAUUCCAUGAUGAAGAUCUGGACCUCGGAGCACACCUUCGAUCACCCCUGGGAGAUGGUUACAACAGCUGCCAUGCAGAAAUAUCCCAACCCCAUGAACCCCAAUGUGAUUGGAGUCGAUGUCCUCGACCGACAUGUAGAUCCCAGUGGAAAGUUACAUAGCCGCAGACUACUCAGUACAGUAUGGGGAAUGCCAUCAAUUGCAAAAGCGCUUAUUGGGUCUUGUAGAGCAAAAACAUACGUACAGGAACAUUCAAUAGUAGAUCCAGUGGAAAAAGUAAUGGAGCUCAAGUCUACUAAUAUUUCAUUUACAAAUCUGGUGUCAGUAGAUGAAACACUAAUAUAUAAACCACAUCCUAAGGAGCCAGAAAAAACCAUUUUGACUCAAGAAGCAACAAUAUGUGUGAAAGGAGUUAAAGUCAGCAGUUACCUAGAAGGAUUAAUAGAAACUACAAUAUCAUCUAAUGCUAAAAACGGACGCGAAGCAUUGGAAUGGGUGAUCAACAAACUGAAAACUGAAAUAGAGGAAUUCACUUCUUCGGCAAGAGGAAAUAUGAGGUCCCCUAUGGCGGCUGCGGCAUUUGUAGAGAAAUAAGAUUUAUUUCUGCCUAUAGCACGGAUCUAUCCCAAGUGUCUGAAGCGAACAACUACAUAUUUCCUCAAAGCUGAAAAUAACUAUUCUUAUAUCUGUUUAAUGAAAGCAAAUCUGUAAAUUAGAUUUUUAAAUUCAACGUGGAGAGAAGUUACACAGACCUGUACUUGAAGGUAUUAUGCAUGACUUGAAUUCUGGUGGACAUUCCUGUUUGGUGAAAUAUUCCAAGUGUUCAUGACAAUUUCUGUAUCGGGAGGAGUUGGUUUUAAACAUUCAUCCAGGCCUUUGGUGCACCUGGUGCAAGCUGAGGAAGGACACUCUGUUGUUGAUUCCUGCUUUCAUAAGAUUCAGACAUACUUGGAUUCAUCCACUUCUGCAGUCUUCCUUGAAUGAAAUAAGGUUUUUCAGGCAGCUUGUUGUAAAAUGUCAGUGGGAAGAGCAGCAUUAAUACUUGAAAUGCAAUUUAUACUAGUUUUGUUGUUGUAUGUGUAUGAUUUGCUAGCAUGAAAAUUCCCCAGACCAAAUCCUGAAUUCUGGGAAAUUUAGGGCAUUUGGUUGGAAAGUCUGUCAUUUUAGUUUUGUAGAUCCCCGUUUAGAAAAGUGAUGUAAUUUGCUGUUAUGUUGUUUUUUUUGACACUACAAGGAACUUGAAUUUAUAUGAAAGAAUGAUCUGAAACAGAAGUAUUUCACUACCUCCAUUUCAAACAAGCUGCAGCAUUGUUAAACUAAUUGCAUAAUUAUGCUUUAUAUUGUUUCUCAGCAAAACUUCAAUCAUCUGAUGUAGUAUUUUGUGGUUUGUUUUUUGUUUUUUGCUUCUAAAGAAUAACGCGGGCGACUUUGUCACUAAAUAAACUUGAAUUCCAGAAAUGGUGGCAAAAGCCAGUGUUCCCCCCACCUUUCACCUCCCAUUUCUUCACAGUAAAAUAUGUAGAAAAUUAGAAUGAAUGCCAAAUCUAAGUAGUAUGUACUUUGUUAAUACGAGAUUUUCUAUUUUAGUCUCCUUCGUGAAACUGUAAAGUCAGUCCUCAAGAUAUGACACCAGGUUAUGGGAGAACUUUUAGGCUGCAAGUACAUUUUGAAAUAUUUCCUAAUUUCUCUAUGCAUGUAGUUUUCUGUGAUGCAUAAGAAUUAUCUGCUAGUAGUACAAAUCUAAAGCCAGUAAGGGGGAGCGGGAGACAUGUGAAUAUCCCUAAGCUUACAAAUGUUUACUAAUGUAAUGAAAUUUUUAUCUGUUUUUAUACUUGGGUUGCAUUUUGUCUUUAUUGAGUUUGUAAAAGCAAUGAAACACAUUAAUACCUGGUGCUUUUUACAUACAAAAUGUUAAUUUAAUUAAAAUGUUGUCAAUGUUUGAUAUCAAAA